GGGUACGAGUAAUCAUGAUGUCCGUACUUGCGACUUGCUUGCAGCUCAACGUCUUUGUGGCGUGCGCUGCCGCGGCCGUCACAUGGACCGCAACACCAUUCAACCCCGCGUCCAUUCCCCUCGCCGUGCGCUCACCGUACCUUUCGGCCUGGCUCAACCAAGGCAGCGGGACCGCACUCAACGCAGACUGGCCGCGUUUCUGGACAGGCUCGAUAUUGGGCUGGGCGGGGUUCAUCAAGGUCGAUGGCACAGCAUACAAUUUCCUUGGGACACCGUCAGUACCAAGUGUCAGCUUCCAGAAAUCUGUGCAGAAAAGCAUGACAUUUACGUCUACUCAAAGCACAUUUGUCAUGACCUCCGGACCAAUCGAUUUGACUGUGAACUUCCUGAGCCCCGUCGAGCCAACUGACCUCGUCAAGCAAUCCCUCCCCCUCUCCUACCUUACACUCACUGCGACAUCGACGGACGGCAAGUCGCACAGUGUGCAGGUCUACACGGAUAUCAGCGCCGAGUGGGUGACGGGCGACGACAGCCUGACGGCGAACUGGAGCACGACGGUAGGAAGCACGCUCGUGCACCAGGUGCAGCUAGAAGACCAGACGCCGUUCGGCGAGGUCAGCGAUCGCAUCCAGCAGGGCUCGGCAUACUACGCGACAACCGCCGCAAGCGGCACAACAUACCAGACUGGCCAGGACAUCGUUGUACGCGCACAAUUCGUGAACAACGGCACGCUCGCGAACACGCAAGACAAGAACUUUCGCGCGGUCGACGACGACUGGCCCGUCUUCGCGUUCGCGCACGACCUCGGCACCGUCUCUGGUACCUCCUCCCCCAUUACGAUCGCUGUCGGCCACGUGCGCGACCCGGCGGUCGAGUACAUCGUCGCGGGCGGGAAUAUACAGGACCGGAGCUUGUUCUUUUGGAGCCAGUUUUCAAGCGUCGGCGCUGCGAUCUCGUCAUUCCUCGGUGACUUCAGCAGCGCGCUGAGCCGUGCAAAUACGUUUGAUGCGAAAGUGCAGACAGACGCCACGGCGAUCUCAUCAGACUAUGCGGGGCUCGUCGCACUCUCGAUGCGCCAGGCGUUUGGUGCAACAGAGAUCACUGCGAGCAGGAACAGCGACGGGUCUAUCAAUACAUCUGAUAUCCUUAUGUUUAUGAAAGAGAUCUCAAGCGAUGGCAAUGUGAACACUGUGGAUGUCAUCUUCCCCAGCUGGGCUAUAUGGCUCUACACGAAUCCGGCACUCGGGAAAUAUCUCCUCUUACCCCUCUUCGAGUACCAAGCGACAGGACAAUACCCGAACAAGUGGGCUGUGCACGACAUGGGCGCGUCAUAUCCGAAGGCCCUCGGACACAACGAUGGCAAUGACGAGAUGAUGCCUCUUGAGGAGAGUGGCAAUAUGCUUAUCAUGACGUUGAGCUACAUCCAGAAGUCGGGCGAUCAAUCGCUCAUCACCUCCUACUACAACCUGCUGGACCAGUGGACGCAGUUCCUGAUCGCGGAGGCGCUCAUCCCUGCAAACCAGAUUAGCACAGACGACUUCGCUGGCGCGCUCCCGAACCAAACGAACCUGGCUAUUAAGGGCAUCGUCGGCAUCAAGGCCAUGUCUGAGAUCGCGUCGCUCGCGGGCAACAGCAGUGUCGCGUCGAACUACAGCUCGAUCGCAGCGUCCUAUGUAACACAGUGGCAGGACUUUGCGACGUCUAAGACGGGGCCGCACCUAACACUUAAUUAUGGUAACGAUUCCAGCUGGGGUCUAUCAUACAACCUCUAUGGCGACAAGCUGCUCGGCCUCAACUUGUUCCCGGAGUCUGUAUACCAAAUGCAGACCGCUUGGUACAGCUCACAUAAUAACAGUUUCGGCGUCCCGUUGGACACGCGGCAUACCUACACCAAGUCUGACUGGUCUAUCUUGAGCGCAGCAAUCUCAACGACGACAGCCGUUCGCGAUCUCUUCAUUAGCGCCGUGCACAAGUACGCCGCGGACGGCGAGAGCUCGCAGCCGCUCGGGGACUGGUACGAGACGUUGGACGGCUCCGUCGAGGGCUUCCGCGCGCGUCCCGUCGUUGGCGGACACCUUGCGUUGCUUGCGUUGCAGACGGCGGACGCGAAGCUCGAGUCGAGUGCAGCUGCGUCGCCUACCUCGCUGAUAUCGCCAGACCCGAGUGUGAUAACCGUGAAGGCGAGCAAUGGGGCAUCAAGGCGUGCGUCACGGUGGUCCCUUUAGAUCUUCAGAGGGCACGUCUAGAAGCAAUGUAACGACUUGAAACGAAUAUUCGCUACUGAUUUUCU